AUGGCAAGUCCAGAGUGGCUCCCAGGAGCCACUGGUGACCCAGAAAUCAUGGGAUCCGGAUCUGGGGUCGAUUCUUCGAUACCCACCCAGGAACCGCUACGGCUGCCUCAAACCACCCCUGCACCGAUUGUAGGAAUUGGCGACAGCCAGGAACAGUCCAACGAACCAACUCUGGAUAACCGCGACACCAUACACGCGAUACAACAGGCUGGAGAAUCCCAACAGGCUCCAGGAAUAACCAUCGAGAAAAGGAAGGCCUCUAAACUGAGUACGGGACCUAGGACUCCUAUAGCUAGGUCUGGAUUGAGCGCUGUUCCAAAGAGGAAGAUUACACUUGCCGCAAUGCGUGCAGUGAACGCUCCUGCAGAGGAUAGCCUCGUGAUGAGCCUGAUCGAGGACCUGAGGGGCCAGAUGCAAGAGGCGGUCCACCAGCUCUCUGUCGAACUUACAACCGCUAAGAACGUGAUCAACACGCAGCAGGGCCUUAUUACAACCCUCAAUACGAGGCUAGAGGGGGCCUUUGACCAUGUUGUCUUGGCCAGACUAAUCGAGGUCCUCAGAGAGGCUGGCGUGGAUGGAGACCUUAUACGUUGGGUAGUCUCGUUUCUAUCUGAUCGGCGAGUCACCCUCGUGAUUGACGGACACAUUGGAAAGGAAGCAUCGAUAAGCUCUGGGCUACCUCAGGGCUCUCCAGUGUCACCUAUCCUGUUUGUUUUGUAUGUUCAUGGGCUGUCUAGAGCCAUUGAGAGGAGUGCGCCAGAGGUUCGAUGUCUAUCCUUUGUGGAUGACCAAGGCCUGAUAACAGCCGCAAGCUCAGUGAAGGAGGCUUGUAGGACCCUUGAGAAAGCAGCCGAAGUAGCCAUCGAGUGGGGGGUGACCAACGGGGUGCAAUUCGAUCGCAAAAAGACUGAAGCCGCAUUCUUUUAUAGACGACACAGACGUCAAGUGGCCCAAAACAUAUCUCAAGCCCGGAUCAGGGUUGGAGGCGAGUUGGCGACUGUCAAACCAACACCAUCUUACAUGGAAGAAUCACUACAAGGCUCGAAUCGAGAUAGCAAGAAGCACGAUAAUCCGGUUGAACUCACUCUGCAGAGCCAAUGGGCUACCCCCAGCAUUAGUGAGGCGCAUACAAAAGGCUACGGUACAAGCCCAACUCCUUUGGGGUGCCGAGUUUUGGUGGCAAGGCCAGAGAAAAUAUGGGCACAGAGGUUCCAAGUUCUAAUCAAUAAGCAAGCCAGAGCUAUCACGGGCAUGUUCCCAAAGACCCCAAUUGGAGCUCUAAUCAGAGAGGCAGCGUUAGAGCCAGCGACAGCCUUACUGGACGCUAGAGUGGCUCAAUAUACAGCGAGGCUAUUGACACUGCCUGACACGCAUCCUACAGCGCAGAUACUUCCAGUAACCCUUAGACAUGGUGACCUCCACGCACAACCUGGAGAGCAACCGCUAGACGACCGUGAGUGGGCCUCUAGAGACAAUAAGAUGCCGAAUCGACUAGGCCAAAGACUGGCAAAGCACCUCGCUCAACGGCUGAGCAGAGACCCCUCGGGAGGAAUCGAAAGGACUAAACAAUGCGAGCUUAAAGGCUUCCCAGGCUCGAUCCGAGUCCUUGACAAUGAAGAGGCCCUAACGGAGGCUAAUCAACAGCGCGCUGGAACGACGUUUUGGUCCGAUGGCUCCAGACUCGAUACAGGACGUGCCGGCGCCGGUGUCGCUUUACAAGCUGUACCUGGAGGCCCCUGGGAACACGUAGAGGUGCCAAUGGGCCACGGACACGAGGUGUUUGACGCGGAACUAAUGGGAGUAGCUACAGCACUUGAAUGGGCACUUGAGAGGCAACCUCUUGGUCCUAUCUGGGUACUCCUUGACGCGCAGAAUGCUAUUGAUCGCCUCAAGUCAACAAGACCAGCCCCUGGGCAAGCCCUUGUUCUUAGGGCUCACAGGGCAGUGGAGAAGCUAGCCAUGAGAGGUCAGCCAGUAACAAUACAAUGGGUUCCAGGCCACUCAGGAGUGGUAGGGAAUGAACAGGCUGAUCAAGCUGCUAAACGCGCAGCUAGUAAACAGACCGCACCUGGUUUUGAGCACCUGUCUCUAGCGUACGUUAAACGGGCUUGCAUGGAAGCAAGGAGAGCUGCAGUAUCUGAAUGGGCUCGAAUCAACGCUGUACAAGGCAGGCAUAGAGACGGACGUGUCUACAAGAUGCCUCGAGGCUGGAACCUUGGCCCAGUGGCUGGAAAAGCCCCAAAAAGACUGGCUAGUCGGUACUACCAGCUGAAGACAGGACAUGCUCCAAUCGGCACCUAUCUACACCGGAUAGGCCGACGGGAAUCGCCUGAGUGUCAGGCAUGCAAGGAGCCUCAUGAGACAGUGAGGCAUGUGUUUUUUGAAUGCCGAGGACGCCGUACAGGACGGAGGGCUUUAUACCGAGCCCUCGAGAAAGCUGGAGUGCCGCUACCUACAGCGGCUGAGGAAAGUCCUGAGGCUAGGCUAUUUGCUGAGCCUAGAGCGACGCAGGGUUUGCUGCAAUUUGUGGCUGAAGCCAACCUGUUUAAUGAUAAUGAGCGGACAGCCAGAGAGGCUGAGAUUAGUGAUGCGUGGGGGUGGGAUACGUUGGAGGAAGGUGGCCUAGGUAUCACGUUGGAGGAUGGGUAG